AAGAUGUAAGGCAGAGUUGAUUUCACAGGUAGCAGUAAGAUAAUUGUUUUGCUCUGAAGGAGCACUGCUAAGGUUUCCCAAGGUAAGAUAUUCUCUACCGAGAGCUAUAGUAGGCAAAUGUCUGGAGGUUUAUUGCCUAAACUGUGCGUCGGUAACCAACUUGCAAAAGCUUCGACAAGUUAGAAGACUCAAUGGUGCACAACCAUCAAGGUAUUUCUAUCCAUGAACCUGACCCGGAUAAAGAUCCCUGGACUAGGGACCAGCCGGGCUCUCCUGAGACUACACCAACAAGGGUACAGAUAGCUACAGACUCUGAUUUCUAUCCAUCGGUCAGCCUGGCUGCAUUGCUCAGUCUAAUCUUCAUCCUUGUCGUCUGUCUAAUGUCUUCAGGAAGUGGCAUAAAUGGCAGAGCUAUCUCAUUGGGACGCAUCGGAGAAAAGAUGGUCCGUUUACAUCCUUUGCUUUCUUGUCAGACCCUGGCUACUAGAAGGUCAUUGGACAACAGUUUAAAGCCAAACCGUGAUGGGGUAACUACUAUAAUAGCUGUCACAAACAGUAAUGCAGUUCAGACACUAAUCUGUUUUACCAGUAAUCUGAUUUCUCUUCUAUCAAGUCAGGCUAACAACGUCACCAAAAGACUUCAGGACUACAGCUCACCAGUGUUAUCAGGGAUUAUAAAUAACAGCCCUUCCAGGGUCUUCCAUGUGGCAGUGGUAACUAUAAGGACAGGGCAAGCCCCCUUUGGAAUUAUCCUAGGUCCAGAAGACUACCUGUUUGGAGGAACACACCUAUGGAAAAUGACACUUAAUGUUCCAAAGGGAGAAAAUGAAAGGGGCCUACAGAACAACAUUUCUGACCUUGCCGUUGAUGUUCUGAAGUUCCUCUACAAAACAAAGCACAUUCCAGAGGUUUUUGAAAAGAGUGGAUACACAGAAAAAUGUCUCCCGGUUUUACAUAUCACAGGAGAUCCAUAUCUGGAGAGUGGAUUUGUGUGUUAAAAACCUACUUUCUUAGAAUACCUGAACAGUUAUAGUUAUAGGAUUAACUAACAAACUAAGACAAUAUGCCUGUCAAAAUAAAUGUCUGCUUAUGCUUUAUAAAAUCUUUCAACAGGAAUUUUAAAGAG